AUGGUCAAGAAAGCCUUGAAUCUAUUGAAAAUCGACUUCAAGAAGUGUAUCGUUGAAAAUAAGCUGCAACAAAUAAAAAAUUCAAGGACUACGAGCACACCAAACCUAAUAAAUGUUUGGACAAUCGAAAUCAAUCCCAAGGAUUCAAAAUAUGUUUUAGAUUUAAUACGUUCUAAAACGCAAAAGGAAGACCCUAUCUCGAUGCUUCAUAUAAAGAGGAUCAAAAAAAAAACUAGUAAUGAUAAUUUGCCUUCCUUGGUUGUUGUGAUUGGCAGUGUUGAACUUUUCGAAGACAAAGAUUCAGUUCAAUCUAUCUUGCUCGAGCAUAGAAAACAACUAACAUACAGUAACUUAUCUUCGAGACAUAAAAUACCCAAAGAAAGUCCUCCUACUAAAGAACUCAUGCUGCAGUGGUCAGAAGAAUAUUGGCCGCUUGUCUGGCGAGGAAACCCCAAUGAUCAAAUUCUGAAUGAUUAUACAUUCGACAUGCCAUUUAUUGAAGAUAUACUACAGAAAAUACAUAAAUUAUCUCACGAACAACAUGAAAAUGGUAAUGGAUACCCUAUUGUUACAGCUUUUGUUGACCCAAAUGACCCUACAAACUGUGUCUAUGCAUAUGAUAAAAGGGCAGAACAUGGAUCGUCCCCCUUGGAUCAUAGCAUUCGAGUAGGAAUUAACGCAGUCUCCCAAAGAUUGAAAGAAAAAAAGAAUGUAAUUAAUACCGACCAUACGGAUGGAUAUCUCUGUCUUGAUUUUGACGUUUAUACAACCCAUGAACCAUGUUCAAUGUGUUCGAUGGCCCUCAUCCACUCCAGGAUCAAACGUUGUGUUUUUAUAGAGCCAAUGACAAUCACUGGGUCUCUCAAACCUGAAAGUGGUGAUGGGUACUGUAUGCAUCAACACAAGUUACUAAAUUCAAGUUAUGAGGUCUUUCAAUGGGUAGGAGAGAGAUUUAAAUUACCUGAAAUUAGUCAAACAACUUGUUGCUAA